AUGUCCCGCACCGUCUACAAAAGAGUCAAGACUCCCAAGAAUCCAGCUUCUUACCUUGUGCAGAAACUCUUCCACCUCAUCUUCUUCUUCGCCUCCAUCACAACUCCCAUUCACCGCCACUUUCUCGCUCUCCUCUCCGUAGCAGACGACCACAUCCUCGCAAUCGAAACCUACUUCCCUUCAACCACUUUCCUCUUCCACAAACUCUCCAAUAUACUAACAAAAUCAGAGUCUCUACCAUCAAAACUCGGCGCGUUUCUUGAAAAACUUCCAAGAAUGAUGAACAGAGCUGUGUGGGUAGACAUGAUCCUGGUCCACACCAUUUACUGUCUUGAUUACCUUGUGAAUGUGUUAGGCCAUUGGAGAGACAAGAACAAGGGGGAAAAUGAGAAAGACAUCACGGUGGAUAGGAGUUUCAGCAGAACAGGAUCAUCAAUGUUUGAAGAAGAGAUGAAAAUGGGGAAUGAUGGGAAAAGAGUGACUUACAAGGAGGUUUUACAGAGAGGAAGCAGCGGUGAAGAUGAAGUAAGCACUGGUCAUAGUAGCAGCAACCGUGGUGAUCCAAUCUUGGAUCUGUUUGAGAAUGGUUGGAUCCAGAAGCCCAUGAAAAGAAGUAGUCGAAGUGCUGAUUCACUUACAUGCUCUCGUUCUGAUUCCUAUGAGGAGACCACCUAA